UUCAAAGGACAUAACGGGGGUUGAAAAACUAUGCAGGUGUGUGUACCUGUUCACCUGUCAGUUGGACCGGAAGACUCCUGGAUACUCAUUUGUUUCUCUGUCGCUUCAGCGCUCCGUCGACGUGCGUUCGCCUUGGGUUCAGUACAACCAGUGUUUCACCUGCUGACAGAGUCUGUGUAACCUGAAGACUAACACACCUGGUCCCAGGACCAUCUCCCCUGAAAUAUGAUCCAUUUAUAGGAACCACACACCUCACAACUUGGUUUACUUACCUCAAGCCAAUGAGACGCAUUCACUCCUUCAGUGCUAUGGUUCUCCUUGUCACUUUAUUUCUGAUUUUAUACUCAGCCCUACACCUAGAGACGACUUACAGUCGCAAGGCUGGACCAGAGGACCCCCUGAGGCAUCUUAGCCUCCAGGUGCAAGACAGCGAUGUGAAAACACAAUCCUCCAAGCUGGAAAGUUUCACCAGUCCUCACCCUGUUGUCCCCAACGUGUCUGUUUCUGAAAGCUUCAGACAGACCAUCCCUCAAAAUCUAGCGUACUGGAACCGUCUGCUGUACUUGUCCCUGAAGAGUCUGGACCAGGGGAAAGACCCUCUCAGACAUGACUCCCAUUGGUCUCGCUGCAGGGAGACAAAUCAAGAGCUUCUGCAAACCAAUGUGCACGACUUCAUGGCCUACCCUGCCUUAUUCAAGGACUUUGUGCAGGGCAUGAACUGCAGGUCGUCUCCAGUCCUGAUCAAUCAACCUAACAAGUGCAUCUCCAGCGAAGGGGAGGGGGCCAACCAGACCUUCCUGCUGUUCGCCAUCAAAUCAGCUCCAGGGAACUUUGAGCGGAGACAGGCGGUGCGGGAGACCUGGGGCCGAGAGGGGGUGUAUCACAGAGGACUGAGGGUGCGCAGAGUAUUCCUCCUGGGUAACUCCCCGCUGGAUGACCCUGACCUCGGCCCACUGCUGUCAUUUGAAGCAAAACAUUUUGGGGACCUCUUGCAGUGGGAUUUCCAAGAAUCCCUUUUGAACCUGACGCUUAAAAUGAACAUGUUCCUUCAGUGGACACUGAAACACUGUUCCCAUGUCUCCUUCGUCUUCAGUGGGGAUGAUGACGUAUUUGUCAACACGCCGGUAUUGCUCAGCUACCUGCUGUCUCUGAAGGGCUCUAAAGCAUCUCAGUUGUAUGUUGGACAUGUCAUAAGCACAGCAAGUCCACUCAGAGACCCCAACAUCAAAUACUACAUCCCUCUGAGCUUCUAUGACGGCCCGUAUCCUGCUUAUGCAGGUGGAGGCGGCUUUCUUAUCUCUGGAGUCUUGCUGCAACCCCUAUAUUCAGUUUCUCGUGUCAUUCCUUUCUUCCCCAUUGAUGAUGUCUACACUGGGAUGUGCACUAAGGCUCUGGGAGUUUCUCCUGAGGCGCAUGCAGGCUUUCAGACCUUUGACAUCAAGGAGCAGGAUCGUGAGAAUCUGUGUGUACAUAAAGAGCUUAUCCUGAUUCAUCAGCGCUCGCCACCGCAGAUGAAGAAGUUGUGGAAGGGCAUUCACAGCCCCUUGUUGACUUGUUGAACUGGACUGGUGAGCAAAAGAUGUAGCGAUCAAAGAGUAAAUAUGGACUAUACAGACAUAUUGAAGCUACGGCGUUAUUUGUUUCUUUCAUUGUCCUGUAUCAAGAUAAUGUAGCAGAAGGAAUUGUUGAGUGUUUUACAUCAUCUAUUGUUGACAUAUUGUAGCAUGAAAAAAUGCAGAGCAAUUGUGUUAAGAAAUUUGCAGCUGUGACAUUUUCAAGAUUCAAGAGGUUUGGGUGUCAUAGGAAGACAUUUUCAAACUUAAAAUGUUAUGGACACGUUUUACAACAUUUUUGGUGGGCCAGUAGUCAAGAUGUUGUACUGUCAAGUUCAACACUGUUUAGUUGUGUCAAUAACCUGAUUUCCACCUUCCU